AUGGUGGAAGGAGUCAGCACAGGAUUCUUCUGUCUGAGAGUGCUGAGUGCCCCAGGUCCCUGUUUCAGCUGAGGCCUCUGCAACCUGUGCCAGGCUGUGCUUCUCCACUCUCCUGGAACCAGUUGCCUCUCAGACAAGAGGAUCGUGUGGUACCAAUGUUAGAUCUGGAGCAGGGUUUGGGGCUUGAGCAGUGAACCGCGUGUGCAAUCUCUGAGAACAGAUUUGGGGCUGGCUGAGGUCUCACAGUACUGAGUUAGAGACGCUCCAGAAGUCCCAGGUUUUCAAGCAGGUCUGAGGAAAUGGAGAAUUGCUGCAGGGGCUCUUUGCUGUCCCAACUCUCCUCCCUGCUUCUCCUCUUCCAGCUGCCUGCUGGGGGCUCUGCAGAGGAGUUUAUGGUGAUUGGCCCCUCCGAACCCAUUGUGGCAGUGCUGGGUGGGGACAUCAUGCUGCCAUGUCGUGUGUCCCCAGCCAUGGAUGUGCAGAAUAUGGAGCUGCGGUGGUUCCGCUCCAAGUUCUCAGAAGCAGUGCUCAUCUAUCAAAACCAGCGGGAGCAGAGAGAAGAGCAGUUGGCUCAGUACAGAGGGCGAACCUCACUGGUGAAGGAUUUCCUCACCCAGGGGGAGGCUGCUGUGCGCAUCCACAAUGUCCAGGCUUUCGACAACGGGCUGUAUACCUGCUUCUUCAGAAUGGGAAUAUUCUAUGAAGAGGCUGGUUUGGAACUGAAGGUGGCAGGUGUGGGCUCUGCUCCUCAAGUGCACAUCACAGGGCCAGAGGAGGAUGGGGUCCGAGUUGUGUGCAUGGCCUUAGGGUGGUUCCCAAAACCCCAAGUGCAAUGGAGAGCUCUAAGUGGAGAGAAGUUCCUGACGUUCUCUGAGACCCAAGCCCAAGAUGCUGAAGGGUUGUUCACCAUAAAUGCAACUCUUGUGGUGAGGGACCCCUCUUCAGGGAAUGUGACCUGCUCAGUCCUCAACCCCAUCUUGGGCCAGGAGAAGGCAAUGGCCAUUUUCAUCCCAGAACCCUUCUUCCCUCGGAGUUCUCCCUGGAAGCUGGCUUUCAUGGUGAUCCUGACUGUGCUGAUGCUCCUACUCCUUGGGGCUGUCUUCUACAUCAUGAGAGAACAUACUGCAAAGCUCCAGGAGAUGCAGGAAUGGGAGAAACUGCACAGAGACAAGAAGGAGGACCAGCAGAUAAAGGAAGAGGCACUGAAGGCCAGAGGUGCAGUUUUUGCUGCUGUUAGUGAUGGGAGUUUAUGUGUAUUUUUCACUUUUUUUUUUUUAGAUGAACUCCAAGCAGAUCUUGACUGGAGGAAAUCUGUUUACCUGGCCUCCCUGAAGAAGGCAAAACUGUAUGCAGAUUGGCGGAAGGAGAAGUUCCAGACCUUGACUGUCAGUCUGGAUCCAGAGUCUGCCCAUUCCAUCCUUGCUCUCUCUGAUGACAAGACUAGUGUGACCUUUAAAGACUCAUGCAAGGGCUCAGAAGAUGGAGUCUAUAGUGUCUUGGGUCAUGAAGGAAUCACAUCAGGGUGCUGUUACUGGGAGGUGGAGAUCAAGAAUGCAGAAAGAAGUGAGUGGGCCCUGGGGGUCUGUAGGAGAGAUGUGGAGAGGAAAGGCUGGUACCAGGAAUCCCCAGAAAAGGGGUUCUGGGUUGUGGCGAUGUAUGAUAAUAUAUUCGGUUCCCUCCCUGCUAAUGGAGAACACAUUGUGCCAAUUCCCCAGAGGGUAGGUGUUUUCCUGGACCUGAAGGAAGGGGAUGUCUCAUUCUACAACAUGGCUGAUGGUUCCCACCUUUUCUCCUUCCCUCUUGCUUCCGCCUCUGGAACUCUGUUUCCAUACUUCAGGUUGAGGUCAGGAGUUGUGUCCCUGACCAUCUGCUCUGGGGUGGGUGGGCCUGUGCAGACCCCUUUACCCUUUAACAACCUUCCUUGUUCUUCAGAGGAACCUGGGAGCCUCCCAGGGCAGGGGUUCAGUUCAGGCUGUGGUGUUGAUGGUGAUUUCCCAGGGGCUGAAUCUCCAUUACUCCCCUGUGGUCCUGAAGCUAUGUCCCCUUAAUGCUCUAACACCAGAUUCCUCAUGGUGGCUCCUCCUGGAGCUGCAGAGCCCCAGGGGUAAUAGCCUCUGAAGCUAGUCCUGAAUGACUGGGUCUCUUGCCCUUCUUUUCUGGGUAUAGACUGCUGGGGUGAGGUUAUGAGAAUAGUUGGUUCAUGCCUUAUGCUCAGGUAUUAGAAGAUAAAUGUUGACUUUUUCAGCUGUAAUGGGGUUGGCUUAAUUUUGUUAUUGGAAGUCAUGUUUCUUUUGAUCAUGAACAUUACUUCAUGGAAUCUUUAUAUUGUUUUGAUAUGAAAUGAAAUGAGGUCUUAAUUAUUCUGAAUAAUUAAAUGGUGUUUAUUUUAUAUAGUUUGAGUUGUGCAGAUGAAACCAGAGGCUACAGGUGGGUUACCUGCUCUAUUUAGGAAAUGUGCACUCUGACUAAAAAACAUUGUCCAUCUGAACAUUUCUGAAGAAAUGUAUGGACUUGAAGAAGAGUGGAGUGUAAUAUUCUAUUUUACAGGCUUCCUAUUCUGGAAUGGAUGAGACAUACUUACCUUAAUGAAAUUUAGUAAAUAUUUGUUUCUUUCUGAAAUACUGAUGCUACAUUAAUUCAGGGAAUAAAAAAAUGAGAGUUUGCUUUUCCUUGUGAGUCAACAGCAGUUGGAAAGAACAGAACUGCUACCAGAAUAAAGAGUUAAAUGAAGAUGAAUGUUUUCAGAUCCUGGGUGAAUUGCAGAAAGCUUUGACCAUGAGCACAGUUCCAGGAUCUAUGUACGGCUUCACAGUCCAAUUGUAAAGGUGGAUGGAACCCACAGGAAAUAGAAGGAAGCCAGACUCUUGAGGACUCAGACCUUGAUGAAUAAAGGUUUGUUGGCUCCUGAAGUAGAGAACGCUGACUUGUUGUGGUUCUGGGAGAGAUGAGAAGACACGGAAUUGGAAGUGGAAGAAGGAGGUCACAGAUCUCAGUUCCUGCCUGUGACCAAAAAUAGGAAAAGGACUGGAGUCCCUUUGCAUAUUUUUCUUUGUCAUGUAGAUGUGUCAUUUGUAUUAAUUAUCUAUUUUCUUUCUCCCUUCUUACCAGUGUGAUUUUAUGCCAGUUGUCCCUGGUAAUAUUUCAAAAGUAGUCUCUAGGUAACAGAGGAGUUAAAUGAGUGUAGCUGGACUUAAGGAAUCAAUAUAAUUGAUUCAAUGCCUGAGACUGCCUGUUUAUUCCACUUUGGGGAAAGACUGAGAACUUUUAAACUUUUAAGUAUAGCCCUGUAGAUGGGUGAAAAUGUGGAGUUGUUGUGUUGUUAUAUAGAAGUUCCAAUGUGAGUAAAUGGUUUAUGUGGAAGUUGAGGAACUGAAAGUGUGAAAUCUGCUCCUUUUCAAUUCAUUGUCUUUUGAUUCAAAUCUACCUUGUAUGUGCCCUACUUGUUGAUACUGGAUGUCAUAAAUGUUUCAUUUUUGCCAUGUGGCACAUUUGGCACCGCCUUUGUCAGUUAGUGCACUGUUGGGUUUGGCCAUCAAACCCUGAGAUGGUGAAUUAAAAGACUCCUCCAGACACCUUCAUAGGAGAAAGGAGAGGCCUGGGGACCAGACACUCUAGAGGCAAAAGGCCUCCAGGCAAGCUUUUUCUCCAGUUUCAUUGGGGUCAUAUCAAUACAGAACGUGCAAGCACAAAGCAAGGAGGAAUGUGUAGCCUUAAUGGUCAGGACAGUAAUAUAUGGGACAGCGUGUGGUAAGAGCAAAGAGGCUAGGAGUUCAUGAAGUACAUGAGCACCACAUGUGUCUGUUUUUUCUUGAAAAUUAAACAUUUACUUUCUAGAUGAGAGCCUUGAGCCACAGUAAGAAUGUGGCCACUUUCAGUCAAGAAAUUUCAAUGGAGGCAUAAAUUUCUGGGCAUUCCUCCUUUGUUUUUCAAUUAGUUUCAUCCAGGGAGGCAUAUACAAGUCAGAUUUUGUUUAUGCAGGCACUGAAUUUCUACAUAGCAACAGAGGGAACACAGCAAGACAUAGCAGGAGAAAAACCUUUUUUCUUUUCGUGUUUUUAACUUAAUUUAAUUUUUUAAAGAUUUUAUUUAUUUGUUAGAGAGAGAGAGAGAGAUAGUGAGCAAGAGCAUACACAAGCAGGCACAGUGGCAGGCAGAGGCUGAGAGAGAAGCAGGCUCCCUGUGGAGCAAGGAGCCUGAUGCAGGACUCUAUCCCAGGAUGCUGGGAUCAUGGCCUGAGCCGAAGGCAGUGGCUUAACAGACUGAGCCACCCAGGAAUCCCUCUUUUCGUGUUUUAAAAAAAAAUUUUUAUUUAUUUAUUUGUCAGAGAGAGAUUGAAUAAGCACAAGCAGGGAGAUUGGCAGGCAGAGAGAGAAGCAGACUCCCUGCUGAGCAGAGAACCCAAAGCAGGACUCCAUCCCCAGAUUCUGGGAUCAUGUCCUGAGCUGAAGGAAGACAUUUAACUGAGUGAGCCACCUAGGUGUCCCACUUUUGGUGUUGUUUCCCCCUUGACCUUAUGAUGCUACUGAGAGUGGCCGGAGAAGACUUAGUUUCCCUUGCCUUUGGGUGAAUGAGUAUGGCAUUGUAGCAGGUUGUGUACCAGAGCGCUGCCUCCCAGGGAAUCUUGUCAGUUCUCUAGUGAGAGUUUUCCUACCCAGCAGGCUUGGUCUGCAGCAUGUUGGUGGAUUUCUUUCCUCCCUGGGGACUCUGGUCCCACCUUGUCCAAUAAACAGAAUGUCAGUCUUAUUCUUUCAAA